UCGCGGGGACAUUUCACGCAUAAUUUAUAUUAUAUGUAUACAGGCGUUUAUGUUAUUCAGAUAUAUAUAUAACUUAUAUUAUGUUAUCGUUUUUGCUAGCACUUGUUAGUGACGCUGAUGUGAUAGUAUGUUUUCACAGGAUUAACGCAUUUCAAAACUUGACGCUGAUGUGAUAGUAUGUUUUCACAGGAUUUACGCAUUUCAAAACUUGACGCUGAUGUGAUAGUAUGUUUUCACAGGAUUAACGCAUUUCAAAACUUGACGCUGAUGUGAUAGUAUGUUUUCACAGGAUUAACGCAUUUCAAAACUUGACUCUGAUGUGAUAGUAUGUUUUCACAGGAUUAACGCAUUUCAAAACUUGACGCUGAUGUGAUAGUAUGUUUUCACAGGAUUAACGCAUUUCAAAACUUGAAUUAGAACAUUGGGGUUAUGUAACAUCUAACGGCAUAAAAGAUCUGUUAAUUUGGAAUAAACAAAAAUGAUCACUAUAUAUGUCUGGACAUUUCUAACACUUUUUACAUUCAACCAAACUUGGAUAUGUGAAGGACGUGAACUUCUACAGUACUUAAAUCGGAGGGGGACACCUGCUCGCGUUACUUAUAGUGGCACAAUUGUAGUCUUUAUGAACCACAACUAUGAUCCCCACAAUGCAAUAGACGGCUUAAAGGGUUCACCAGACGAGUGCAACUGCUGUGCUGGUUUUAAUCGGCCCGCAACUCUAACAAUUGAUUUAAAAACACCUUACCAUUUUAGUCACAUCGUGUUGCAUGCACGAUCUGAAACCGGUUUUGAGGAUCAUUUCCGCAACCUCAAUCUAGCUGUCAAAAGUACCGCCUCAACUGAGCAAUCGUAUCCUAUAUCUGCAACCAAUAAAACUUUUAUACUGAGCGCUUCAAAAGCACUUCAGGACGUACAGUCGAUUGUUAUCAGCAGCACUGGUGUAGGAUUUAUGGUGAUAUGCGAAGUGGAAAUAUUUCAACCAGAUGUCAACUUAACGUCUCAGUCAUCUACGUAUAGCACCUGUUUUGCGCAUAAUGCUAUAAAUGCUGAGACCUUUACGAACGCAGGGUUCAAUGAUCAGUUGCUUUGCCAGGCUUGCAGCGCGACAACAUUUGAAACGGAUCCGUGGUGGGAACUUGACUUAGGAAGUUUAAAAUUACUGAAACAGAUUAAAGUGUUUGGACGAACAGAUAUACUCUCCUCCCAAAGUACAAAUAUUGAACUGCGCAUAAGCAAUACAUCUUUGGGUGAAUCACGAAACGGAACGCCAGAAAAUAUAUUAACGAUUUCAAUGCAACAAAUAGUUUUGUUUGACGGGCCUAGACUAGCUAGAAUCAUCAACAUAAAACAUGCACGUACAACCGUUGACACCAUCCUAACUGUUUGCCAAGUUGACGUGUACGCAGGUGAUUGUUUAAAAGGCACAUACGGAGAUGCUUGUUCACGAUCAUGUCAUUGUAAGGACACGUGCGAUUAUGCGACAGGCGAUUGCAGUGCUUGCUUACCUGGAUGGACUUCAGCAAGUUGCGAUAAAGCGUGCGUCGGAUCCUACGGUGAAAACUGCUCUUACCUCUGCACCGGGAAUUGCCGUAACAACGAAACUUGCAAUACUGAGAACGGACAUUGCUCACACGGCUGUAAGCCUGGAUACGAUUUUAGCAAGGACCCUUUGUGUAAUACAGUUUGCAGACAUAUCAACAUCCCGCAUUGUGUCUCUGGACAACAACAAUGUGACGGGUUCUCUGAUGGAAUCAUGUGUACUCAGUGUGAGCCUGGAUAUCAUUCCGGAGGAUACAACCAAGGCUGCAUUGAUUACAACUGCACGUUCGAAUCUGACUCCACGUGUGCAUGGACUGACGUCACGUCCGGUGAUGACUUUGACUGGACACUAACUUAUGGUGCCAGGGGUAAAUAUAUGUACAUCGGGACUAGCGGUUCUAGAAAAACAGGCGAAAGAGCUUGGCUGAUAAGCCCUAUGCUUCGCUCUACGUCCUUCACGGAAAAAUGCCUUCAGUUCGGGUACAGCAUGAACGGGCUAUCCAUUGGAAUCAUAAGUGUGUACAUGACCGCGAAUGGUGAGAAGCCCGGGUCUUUACUGUGGAGAAUGUCUGGUGACCAGGGGAUGGAAUGGAAAGGUGCUUCAGUAAAUCUGAGCUCUCUGGAGCAGUAUCAGGUCAUUAUUGAGGCGGUAGUUGGCAACAGUUAUUUCGGAGACAUUGCCAUUGAUGACGUUGCUAUUCUCCCGACAGCUUGCCAGCAGGAGAAGGGAUUGCUGAUUGGCUAAGAGUCAUGAUUUCAAAUUAAUUUAGAACAAUCGUUUAAUUCAGGGACCUAUACAACAUAGGUCCCUGUUUAAUUACGUCAUUCAUUAUUUUGUUAAUUGUUUGAAAUACAUCCGAAACAUAUAAUAUAAACAUAAGUCGAAAAAUCAUAAAAUGAAAAGCAUCGUUAGAUAUAUACAAAUGUAUAUCAAAACUGGUUCUGUGUGUAUGAAAUACAGAUAUAUUAAAGAAGACCUUUAGAAUUUGGACAUGAUGUUGUUAAAAUCACUGCUCGAAUGUAAGCCCUUGUUUGAGUUCACGCAUUAAAUAGUCGUUUCAUUAAUCUGAACCUAGAACGGGUUUGAGAGUUGUACAAAAUGCUAUCAUUGCUGCUGCAAACACAGAUAUGAGGAAAGGGAAAAUCUUGCGAACAUCUGAGCACCUGAUUAUUUUUAUAGUUGAACCAUUUGCUACUAUUUCAACUAAAACACAAAAAAGGGAAAAACAAAUGACAUUACUUAAAGAGUAAGAAUUGAUAUUGUACAACAGGUGUCUUCUUUAGUUAAUAACUUAGGUUGUACGAGUGAUUAAAUUAGAGCUUGGCAAAGACUUGACGAACACCCUGACACCGUAUGACAUAUUGUGUAGCAAGUUUUUAAAAUUAUUUUACAGAACAUUCUGAUUUGAAAGGCUUACUUAACUAAUUGCAAAUACGCCUCUUCAUAUAAUAAGGAAAAAUGGUUGAAUUUAUUUAAUGCAAGAAUACGUCUUCAAGCAGGCAUAACUUCAUGUCAUAACGAACCGAAAACGGGUAUGAGUGUUUUGUCGGAUAAAUGUGUGUUUACAGACAGUAACAGAGACAAACACAGAGGCAAACAGACAAAAGACGGCGAUUCUGAUACUGGUACACACCCACGACGUCGUAGCUGAGGGGCGUAUAAUUAAAGUGCAAAAUGUUACCCCUGUACCUGAACACGUAUAACAAAAGUACACAAUCUUACUUCUUCCUAUGUUUAAGACGCUCAUCCUACGGUCUCCUCCGCAUGUCUUGCUUUUGUCCCUAUCACAUGGUAUGUUUCAUUCGGAAUCCGGUCUUCUCACAGCUUCCGGAUUUAUGCUUCCACACCAACAACUGCUGCCCGACCAUAACACAAAUAUAAAUACUAUUCAGAAUUUAUUUUGUUUUAUCAACUGUACCUUCUUCUUUUCUUACUAUUCUAAGACUUAUAAUUUUGUUUUAUCGGCUUUUAUCGUAAUUUAAAUUUGUACACAUAAUAUAUAAAAAUUAUAAUCUUAAAAUACAUGUGUCAUACUAUAGCAAAAAGAAUGCCAAACAGCCUUGAACUCAUAUACAUUGGGUUUGACUAGUAUGAAAUCAGUGUACAAUCUGAAAUGGAUUUUCACGUUGCAUUAAGAUACAUGGAAGUGCAACAAACCAUAUCAUCGAGUGUAUAACUAAACAAAAUGUAAAACUUACACAUAAUGUUCAAUAUAUGAUACUAUAAAUACAAAUUCAAAUUUUAUUAGUUUUGAAUUAUAUACGAAUUAUUAUAAAUCAUAAUCCGUACUCAUGUAACAUUAUAAAUUACAAAAAUUUACUCUGUUUGUGUAAAUGUAUUAAAUGUAUUCUUUUAACGGAGCCAACAUAGUUAUGUUUAAGGUCUGCCUCUUUUUGUCAUGCCACCAAUAAUAAGGACCACAAUGGAAAUAAGGGCUUGCUCUUUUUGUGUUAUCAUUGGUUUGGUGAGCAUGUCAUAGUUUAUUGUAUAUGAUAUAGUUUUUAAUAAUUGCUUAUUAUUUUAUUCUAUGUUAUGUUGUGAACUGUGUAUAUGCUUGCUAUGCCGAAAUAAAUCUUUCUAUCUA